AUGAAAAAGAACAAGGCUGAAAAAGAGCUUCCAACAUACAUGCUGAUGUUGGAAGGUGCCCUCAGGGAAGAAAGCUGGGGCAACCUGGAUUCCUCUGGAGCGUUCCAGAAGCCCAUACAUGGCCAUUCUCUGCUCUUGCUCCUCCUCCUGGCCAGUGGGGCUGAGACCUUUCGCAUCUGUGCCUUCAAUGCGCAGCGGCUGACACUUGCCAAGGUGGCCAGGGAACCUGUGCUUGACACCUUAGUGAAGAUUCUGGCUCGCUGUGACAUCAUGGUGCUGCAGGAGGUGGUGGACUCUUCUGACAGUGCCAUCCCCCUCUUGCUUCGAGAACUCAAUCGAUUUGGUGACUCUGGGCCCUAUGCCUCCCACAGCAGCCUCCUGCUAGGGCGCAGCACAUACAAGGAGAAGUACGUGUAUCUCUACCGGUCACAUGAGGCAGAGGUCCAGGACUCCUACAUGUACGAUGAUCAGGAUGAUCUCUUUACCCGGGAGCCCUUUGUGUGCUGGUUCUCUUUACGCAGCAAGGUUCUUCCCAGCCUCGUGCUGGUCCCACUGCACACCACUCCGAAGGCUGUGGAGACGGAGCUGAAUGCCCUGUAUGACGUGUUUCUGGAUGCUUCCGGGCGCUGGCAGACCAAGGAUGUGAUCCUGCUUGGGGACUUCAAUGCUGACUGCGCGUCGCUGACCAAAAAGCGCCUGGAUAACCUAGUUCUUCGGACUCAGGCUGGCUUCCACUGGGCCAUCGCCGACGGCGUGGACACUACGGUGCGGGCCAGCACCCACUGCACCUAUGACCGCAUCGUGCUCCACGGGGAGCACCUCCAGAGCCUGCUGCGUGGCGCGGCCGCCUUCGACUUCCCCCAGAGCUUUGGGCUCACUGAGCAGGAGGCUCUCAACAUCAGUGACCACUACCCUGUGGAGGUGGACCUGGUGCUGAGCCGGGCAGUGCACGGGGUCCAGCCCCCCUGCCUGGCCACUCUGUGGCUGUCACUGCUGCUGCCCCUCCUAGCCUCCCAGCUGGGCCUGGUGGCCUGAAACCACCAUGUACCUGCUGCCCCAAAGUGAGGACUGUCCUGUCUUCUGGACUCAAAGCCCUGCCCUGCUCCCAGCCUGCCCUGGUGCCACCCCUCUGUGUGCCUUCGCUUUGGGUUUGUCCUCUGGUCGGGCCUGUGCCUGCCUGGCAUCAAAAGGUGGAAAAGGCAGGUGGGGCCCUGGGGCUGGACCCAUGCCACUUGUCCCCCAGGUAGUGUCAAGAAUGAGGACAAAAGGCUGGGUUAGGGGGUGAGGGGGCUCAGUAGAGGUGAUCUUGGCUCAAGGGCAGGGCUCAGAGAAGGGAAUCACAACAGAUCAAAGGAUUUUAUCCUGACAAAACCAUCCACUCCAAGAACAGAAAGCCAAAUGAUACAGACAUUACAUGUGUGUAGCAGACAUGCCAAAAGGCCAUCUUUAACAUACACAAGACUCCUAGGAAACAGUAUUAAGACCCCAGGAGAUACAAGGGUAGAGAUCAGCAGUUUAUACACACACACACACACACACACACAAACUAGAAAACAACAGGAGAUACAAAGGUAGAGAUCAGCAGUUUAUACACAGACAUAAACACAUAAGAAAACAGCAAGCAGUCAAACUCAUUGUAACUUAACCAGAUCCCGUAACACCACUGAUCAAGUCCAUGUUCAGAACCACAGUGCAAUUUGGCCCCUACCACUCAGGGUAUGGUCAAGCACUGCCUAGAAAUCACCAAGGCUAUAGAUGCACACAAAGAAUCUACAGAAACCAGUUAUCAUGCAACCAUUAUAGAUACUUUGUAAAUGUGUGGUCCUAUGGGGGUAAAGACUUCCCUGGUGGCUCAGAUGGUAAAGCUGCCUACAAUGUGGGAGACCUGGGUUCAAUCCCUGGGUUGGGACUAUCUCCUGGAGAAGGAAAUGACAACCCACUCCAGUAUUCUUGCCUGGAAAAUCCCAUGGAGGAACCUGGUAGGCUAUAGUCCAUGGGGUCACAAAGAGUUGGACACGACUGAGCAACUUCACUUCACUUCAUGGGGUAAAAGGACAGACAGCAAAAGUUAACUAAAUGACCCCAUUUACUGUGUUGUCAGCACGGAGCUCUUCCCCACCUUCCUUUUCCAGAAAACAGACCUCAUUAAAAAUCUGGACAUCAGAGCCA